UCAGCCAGUAAAAAAAAAUAACCAACCAAACAAAUAAAAACAAUCUGUGACUGUGAUAGAUUAAUGCAAAUAGAUAUCGAUUACUUAGAUUUUUUCUUUUUCUAUUAUUAUUUCCAAAACACUAAAAAAUGACUGGACACGUCUCUAUAAAGUUAGCUUCUGAACGAGUAAACCAUUGUGUGGCUUCUUCUAAUGAAUUACCUCGUUUUUACACUCCUGGUGAGGUUAUAACGGGCAUGCAAGAUUUUAUGCGUGGACAUGGAACUUACGCUGACGAAGAUUGCCUCAAAUCAUCUGUGGCUGGUGUCAUGCAAAAAGUAAACAAACUUAUAUGCAUAAGACCACUCAAAAGUCGGUACGUUGGUGAAAUCGGUGAUGUGGUGGUUGGCAGAGUUCUGGAAGUGCAACAGAGGCGAUGGAAAGUCGAGACUAAUUCACGUCUUGAUUCAAUUCUUCAGUUAUCUUCAGUUAAUCUUCCUGGAGGAGAACUGCGUCGAAGAUCUGCUGAAGAUGAACAAAUGAUGAGGAAACAUCUACAGGAGGGAGAUCUCAUCAGUGCGGAGGUCCAGAGUGUGUUCUCUGAUGGAUCCCUCUCUUUACAUACUAGAAGUUUAAAAUAUGGAAAGCUUACACAAGGCACUUUGGUCAAAGUAUUUCCCUCAUUGAUUAAAAGAAGGAAGAAUCAUUUCCACAAUUUGCCCUGUGGAGUAUCAGUUAUAAUUGGAAACAAUGGAUAUGUGUGGAUCAGCACCCAGAAAGAGGAGACCAUGAUGGAGGAGCAUAAGGAAGAUGUUGACAGUUGUGAAGUACAGCCUAUCAGCAGAUCAGAUAGAGAAGCCAUGGCCAGAGUGAAGAAUUGCAUUGCGGCAUUAGUGGCGUCCAAAAUGAUGCUAGAUGAUACAAGUAUUAUGUUUGCUUAUGAAGAGAGCCUUAAGUAUGAUGCGGUCAAGGACCUCUUAGACCCUGAGGCAAUGUUGGAUGUCGCCUUCUUAACACAGCACAGAAUAAAUAAUAUUAUGGAAGAGUAACAACUGUGAGUUUCUUUUUGAAUAGAAGUAGAAGUGAUACUAUUUUAGCUAUUAACUGUAGUAAAAUAAAUCAAAGUGGCAAGUAAGCAGUAGUGUUGAAGAUGAACACCCGCCCGCCAAAUUAAGUCGAGCAACAAUGGUUAUUUCGGAAAU